AUGCGCGAAUUAUCAAUUAUUCUGGUUUCUAGCCUUUCUUUUUUCUUGUUUGGGGUAGCACUAUCAGUGGAGCAGAAACACAUCGAAUAUGGAGCGGCUGUAUGGGGAGCGAAGGCACCGGAUUACAGUCUGGCUUCCACGGAUUCUGGUACAACGGUUUUCAUUCGAAGCUUGAUUUUUGUAGAUAACAAAACUACCUCAUAUUAUGAAUUCGAUAUGAUUCGUGUGAAAUUGAACAUCAUGAAAAUGGUAGACGAAGCCAAUCAGUACUUGAACCAACUUGGAGUAGGUUUGAUUGUCGUCGGUAUUCUGCAAACAAAUCGUGGAGAUCUUAGUCUACAAUCCUUCCAUGAAUACCGAGACGCACGAAUCCACAAACUUCCGGAACACGAAUUCGCCACUCUCAUAUCAUACAAGUACGCUGGUGGAUUAGCCUAUGUGAAUGGAAUGUGUUCAUCACACUCAGUGUCUCUUUCUGGAUUCUAUCCAAAUGAGCCGAGAGCGAUGGGAUCGAUAUUUUUCCAUGAGGUGGCUCACCUGGUUGGAGUACCACAUCGAGAUGUCAACGAGUCAAUUUAUGUGCCGAAUUGUCAAUGUACACCGAUAGAUUCGAAAAAAGAGGAUGGGUGUUUGAAAAUACCUGGUUUCGAUCAUGACUGCACUGUUCAACAAUUCGUGAACACCAUCUACAAGAACAAGUGCAUUCAAAAAGAGCCCAUUUUCAAAGAGAGUGAGCCGGUCUGUGGAAACGGAGUUCUCGAAGAAGGCGAAGACUGUGAUUGUGGGUUGCCGGGGCGGUGCAACGACCUCAAUUGUCAACCGCACACUUGCCGAUUCUUCAUGCAUCCAUUUUUCCUGGUCCUCAUUCUCGUUUCGUUUGUCGUCUUCUUCUUGAUUGCCACUUUUUUGACACUACGAAAAUACAGUGGAACAAUGCUAAACUGCUUCAAGAUGUAUAAAUCGAAACAUGACAGAGGAAAUUCGAGUCCAUAUACGAAUGGACAAAUUCAGAUAUUGGCAGCGAGUCCGUACCAGAAUAGAAAAAUGUCUCAUUCUUCGAUCUCGGGAAGCAACACUAUCCUUGUAUCUAACGACUCUCGAUUUGCUACCAUCCAAAGGCCGAAGGUUCCUCCACCGCCACCACCACCAAAAACAACGAUUCAAGUUGUUGCACCUAGUGCUGGGCAGCCAUAUGAAUCUAACAAAGUCUUUGGAUCAUAUCGUGAAAGUUUCUAUGAUGAUUUCUCAGAUGACGAAUUCGAAGAGCCAGAAGUGCCAUCAGCCUACCCACUGCCUCCUGGAGUGCCAACUUGCCCAUCAUACCCGCCAAAUGCUCCAAUAAAUCGAGUAACGGUUGAACUUCAAUCACCACGUACCAACAGCACUGCAACAACAUCCAAUUCAACAUCGUCGUUUUCAUUUUAA